GAUGCAAAACAUGGAACAACUACCGGAGUGUCAGCUCAUGAUAGAGCAACAACAAUAUUGGCUCUUGCAUCAAAAGGUUCUGUGCCUCAGGAUUUCAACAGACCUGGUCAUAUAUUUCCCCUGAAGUACCAAAAAGGUGGGGUCCUAAGAGCUGGGCAUACAGAAGCUGUUGUUCAUCUUGCAAUGCUAUCUGGGUUAGAACCGGUUGGCGUUCUGUGCGAGGUUGUGGAUGAUGAUGGUUCUAUGGCUAGGUUACCUAAGCUUCAACAAUUUGCACAGACUAAUGGAAUAAAAAUUAUAUCUAUUGCCGAUUUAAUCAGAAUCACACAAAUGAAGACUGAAUCUGAACCUGCCAAAUUGAUUUAUGCUAUGUUUGAACUUCAAAUGAAAUCCAAUGUCAAAGGUUCACAAAUUAUGAGUAAGGCAGCCAUUUUGUUGUCUACUGUCCAGAAGAAGCAGCAGCAAAGGCAAAAGGUUUCGAUGGAAAAUGGCGGCAUUACAGUCCCUGACACACCCCAACCUAAGUGGGUGUCUUCUUCUUCUUCCAUAACUGACACUCUAUAUGUAACCGCUGCGCACGACAGGAUUGUUCCAUCUACAUAUUGCACGACUCCCCAUCAUCGUCAGACUCCAAACCACCACAGUGGUGGUGUGCCACCAUUCAGCGCUGCUGCUAAACUGGUGCAAGAAUACACUUCUUCAGCUCCAGGGAGUCCUCGCUCAGAAACCUCAACAGCAAAACAUGAAGACACAAAUGAGGUUUAAAGUUACAAGCCACUGUCUGAUUUAAGAUCCAGGAAAUGGAAGGCCAAUAGCCACACAAAAUAUCUUCAUUUCUACCUUCUACAAACUACACCAAAACCCACAAAAGACUCCAUACUGGACAUGGACAGGAAUGAAGUAAUUCAGGAAUGGAGAGCAUCUUGCAAACAAGCCCACAAACGAAGAAGACUAAUUGUUGAAGAAAAAAGAAACAAAUCUACACAAUUGACCCCAUCAGCCACAAGAACCAGGAUACAACACUAGAGUUCUAUUAGAAGACUUGAGCCAAAACCCCAGCCUACUGUAUACCAAGGUAACUACAAAUACUGUACAUAUAACGCAUUAAACUUUACAAACAAUA